CCCUUUUUUACACGCCAAACCCCAGCACAAAUCCUUCUACACGCCAUCCCCAUGUCUCCUCCCUCGUCCCAUGUUCUUCACCCCCGUCCAACAUCAACGGCCACAAAUGAGACAGCCGCCCACUCCACCCUCUCGACCAAUCCUACCACCGGCUGCCUUCCUGACCGUGCUGUGGAAAAACAGUUGGAAGAUCUCCUCCCACACUGCGCGCCUACUCUAUCAAGGCGCUGGGGGUUUCAAAGUCCGCGGUUGCAGGCUCGACCAAACUGCUGGGUUGGAGAUCUGCCCGGAUUCAUCCAGUUACACACCACCAAAUUCUCCCUUGAAUGUUUCACGGGCCUGGUGGGUGGUCUCGAUUUAGGACCGUCGGCGUCUGUUGAGGCUAAACCCCAAUCUUUUCCGUGCCUUGUCUACCUUGCACGUCGCGUGGGAUGUGUGUGGUUUGGCGCUGCCGCCCCCAUCUUCUGGAGAUAUCAUCGCACCCAAACCACUCGAUUGACCAGAGACAACACAAUCCGAUUCCAUAUAAGUAUAGACCACCCAGCCUUCUUUUCUUUCUCCCCAGAUAUCCAGUCAGCUCUUUCAUUCGUCUUUCCUCUCGUCCAUUCGAUUUUCAUCUUUAUACCCCACUCGAUGCGAUUUCCUUGAUCAAGAUUUCAGAUUAUUUCCUAUCAAUUCGGUCUCAUCUCUUCUUUCAAGCUACUUUUCAUACGUUUGAUACGCAGUCUACCCCUCCAGGAGAGGCGUCUAAUUCUUGUUAACAUCUUUCUUCUCUUCAACUCUCAACCACUCACUCCGUCUCCACUCUCAUCCUUACACCACACAUACAUCCAUCUCUUCAACACUCUUCUCUCAUCCACACACCCAACUACAUACCACCUCACUCAAUACACCCCUUCAUCUCCCACUCAACACUUAAUCAACCCACCUCCCCACCUUCACAAUGCCCAGAGGCGACAUCAGACACACUCGCCUCAACAGCAACUCAGGAGGCUACUACCUCCAAAGCCCCCCCUCAACACAACCCUACUCCGACCCACGACUCCAAGACACCUCAAGCUACUACACCUCCCUCCCCAUGACCAGCAUGUCCCAAAGCCCCUACUCCCAAACCACCCACCAAGCCCAAACCCUCUACACCAUGGCACCCCAAGUUCAAGCCCCUCCCCCCGCCGUGCAAGCACCCUACUCCAGACGUUCCUCCACCGGCGCCUGGUCCCCAGCCGACGACCAGACGCUCAUGCAAGCCCGCCAAGCAAACAUGAACUGGGGGCCCAUAAAAACCAUGUACUUCCCCUCCAAGACGCCCAAUGCGUGUCGCAAGCGCCACGAGCGGUUGAUGGAGAAGCGCAAUGUGGAUGAGUGGGAUCAUUUGAAGUUGGAGAACGUAGCGAAGAACUACAUGGCGAUGCGGAAGGAGAUCUGGGCGGGGUUGGCCGAAGCGACGGGGGAGAAAUGGACGGUUGUUGAGCAGAAGGUUGUUUUUCCCCUUUUCCCUUUCACCCCUCACCCCCAUUGUAUAAAACCCCAAACUAACAAAAAAACAGUGCAUGACCCAAGGCCUCAAAAACAUCCAACAAGCCGCCCGUUCCUCCGCACGCCGCGAACGCCUGCAAGUCUCCCCCUCCUACGCACCCUACUCCUCGUCCUCCUCAUCCUCCUACCACCCCGACCACGCGGACGAGUUCGAAGACGUGCCCGAUUACAACGACGGCUCGUCGGAUCGCUCGUCGGGGUACGGACACGGCUACUCGAACUCGGGCAGCUCGAGUUAUGAUGUGAGUGCUGGACGGAGGGGGGAGCGGGUGGAGAGGGUAUCGAGCUUGGAUAUGGGGAUUGAUGCUAUUAUUAAUCCGCCUAGACAGUGAGUAUCUUUUUGGGGGUUUUUGGUGGGGGUUGGUUUUGAUGGGGGUUUGGUGGUACUAUUUAUUCCCUUUUUGGGGGAGCAAGGGGGUUUACAGUGAGUAGUAUGGGAUCAAUCUAAGGAGUGAGUGAGUUAGUGAGUUAGUGCGUUGUUUGAGUUGGGUGGUCAGAAUUUGGGAUGGGCGUUCGAGGUGUUUCUGUGGCAAUAUGGUGUGUUUGGUUUCACUACAUUAAAAAACGGUCAUUAAUAUUUAUAUUGGGAUUCUACAGUACAGGACAGAAAGAGAAGGAGAAAAUCAAGAUAAAAUCAAGAAUCCAAAUCCAUUACUACAGUACAUUCCAAGAGCGUAUUGAGACGAUCUUGGGAGUGAUAACAAAAAGAGCGGGAUGGGGCGGAAAGAGAGCAAUAAAUAUGAUUUACGAAUGUUUG